GCGAGCGGCACUAAGACCGCCCGGCUCGGUUCCCGCCUAGGGUGGAUUGCAGAAGCCGAGAGGAGGAGAGAUCUGUAGACACGAGAGGAGGAUAUAGGAAGAGGAGAAAAGCAAUGCUCCAUCAAGGAUAUAGCUGAGAGCCAACGCAAGGAGACCAGGCGAUACCUGAGCCAGAGGCGUUCCGAAAAAGGGGUCCCCCGCAGACGGCACAGGGAAGCGGCGCCCCCUCCAAGACCGGUCCAAUGAACAUGUCAGUGCUGACUUUGCAAGAAUACGAAUUCGAGAAGCAAUUCAACGAGAAUGAAGCGAUUCAGUGGAUGCAGGAGAACUGGAAGAAAUCUUUCCUGUUUUCUGCUCUGUAUGCUGCAUUUAUAUUUGGUGGCCGGCAUCUAAUGAACAAGAGGGCAAAAUUUGAACUGAGGAAACCGCUAGUGCUCUGGUCCCUGAGUCUUGCACUCUUCAGUAUAUUCGGUGCUGUUCGAACGGGUGCUUAUAUGCUAUACAUUUUGAUGACCAAAGGGCUAAAAACGUCAGUUUGCGAUCAGAGUUUUUACAAUGGACCUGUCAGCAAAUUCUGGGCAUAUGCGUUUGUUCUAAGCAAAGCUCCAGAACUAGGUGAUACAAUAUUUAUUAUUCUUAGGAAACAGAAGCUCAUUUUCCUCCAUUGGUACCAUCACAUCACUGUACUACUUUAUUCCUGGUACUCUUACAAGGACAUGGUGGCCGGCGGUGGCUGGUUUAUGACCAUGAACUAUGGAGUCCAUGCCGUCAUGUACACUUACUAUGCCUUGAGGGCUGCUGGCUUCAGAGUGUCCCGCAAGUUUGCCAUGUUUAUCACUUUGUCACAGAUCACCCAGAUGUUCAUGGGCUGCAUCAUCAACUACCUGGUCUUUGCCUGGAUGCAACAGGGCCAGUGCCCUUCGCAUGUCUCCAACAUCAUGUGGUGUUCUCUCAUGUACCUCAGCUAUUUUGUGCUGUUCUGCCAUUUCUUCUUUGAUGCGUACAUCGGUAAAACAAGAAAAGCAAGGAAGGCUGAGUAAAACCUAGAAGCAGGACGAAAGCCACCGCUCAGGUCACCCACAAAAUAACAACACAGAUUUUUUUGAGCAAAACAAAAUGGCACAAGGAAAUAUUUGUAUAUGGUGCAAUUAAAACUCAACAACUAAAGAGGGGGGGCAGCUAGGGUUGUUGAAACCAGUAAGUUUAUGAUCCUGUCUGGGUGAGGACUCACUGAAUUAUCUUGCAUCGCAAAAAAGGACUGCUACAAUAAGGUAUCUUCCUUCUUGCAUCUAUCUGCUCUUAAAAUGCAAAUUUUAGGGAGGAAAGGAAAGAAAAACAAAAGAAGACAAUGAUUUUUCAAAAUAAAAAUAUGAAAAUAAAUGGUUUCCCUGAUAAUAGAUGACUUUUAUUUAAAAAAACUAGUUAUUUCUAUAUCCUUUCUAAACUUUUUUUAGAAAAUUCAAAACAUGAACAACAGGAAGCAGAGGACAGAUGUAGAGUUUGUGUCACGUGAACGUAUGAAGCUGCCUUGUCCUAUCAGAGCAUUGGUCCAGUUUGACUGGCAGCUGCUUGCCAAGGUUUCAAGCAGAGGCCCUGCAACCUAAGAUCCUUUUAAAACAGGAGAUCCCAGGAUUUAACCUGGGACUUUCUGCAUGCAGAUCAUCUGCUCUGCCACUGAACUAUGGCCCCUCCCCAAGUGACAUCAGUGUCUUUGCAAAAUUGAAUAGCUUUUUUACUUGAAAGGUUGACGCGUAAAAGCCCAGAUGUGGAAAUGCUGUUCACUAUGUUGCGACCAGAUCCAGUCAGUCAGCUAAAGAGCCGACUGUUCCUUGAGAUACUGAUGCAACUAUCAACAAGUCCUGUUGAGAUGCACAUAUCAGCAAAGUUUAUUCAAGUGCAUUUCCUGGCUGAAGAAAGGCAUGAAGUAAAACAGGCUGUUAUGCCACUGAUUGGUCUUAGUUGAAUUACUCGGGUCUAAAAUACAAAAGCAGGAGAAAGGAAUAUGAGGGAAAAGGAAGGAACGGUACAUCAAAUCUGGCCAUUUCUCAAAGCGUUCUACAGAUCCUGAUCUUGUGCUGUAGACAGAGUUCAAGGAUCGCAGUUCCCUCUCCCCAGGGUCAGUUCUAGCACACUAUUUCAGAUGCACAGAAUGUCUUUCAGCAUGAGUACCAUGUGGUGAGUUUAACUGGAAAACAGGUAGUCCACGCCCCUUGUCCAAAGUCAGUUCCAUCAGCUAAGUCAGUCUGGGUCAUGCAAUAUCUUUGGGAAGCUGAAUGGAUAAUCUCUUCUGCUAAAAAUGUGCUCCUGUGCUUGCGACCACAGGAAUCGUUCCAAAAGCCAUUUUGUGAAUGCAAAAUAUGAGGGUGAGUGUGGUCUUUGGAACAGGACCCAGUGCACAAGCGUGCCCUUGUUGCAGUUGCUGUAGCUUUUUUCUUCCACCAGUGGUUCCAAGUUCGUAGCCAUUGCCACAAACAUACACAAAGAACCCGCCAAGUUUUUUUUGUAUCCUGUCCUACAGUCCAAAUUUGACGGGGUUUGUUCUCGCAUGCAAUAUUUGCAGGCUUGCUAUGUAGGAAAUGCAUCAGAGGAUCCACUAACUAUGAACAAGGAGCUGCCGUGGGUAGAAGAAGCCCGCAGCUGCUACAAGCACGGCGUAGGCCAGCAAUUACAGCAUUAAGUGCAAUUUGAGCGAAAGGUGCAACCACAAAAGAAAUUCCAGACAGCCUUUUAGAAGGUGGUGGUUCGGGUUAGAUAGGAACUUCAGGAACAAAGAAACCUGUGGUAUGGUACAUAUUUUAUAUUUUUAUGAACUUCAAAGAAUAGAUAUCUGCAACCUUAACGGCAUUUUACAGGACUCUAUGUGACUUUAGGUAACACUAUGCUUUUGCAUUUGCUUUUCGAGCAGUGCAAGGAUGCUUAAAGUGCCCUCCUCUGGUUGCUUGGAGAUUCUACAGCUGGAAGUAUUGGAAUUGUCAUAUUGGAAGCUUUAUUAUACGGGGUGAUUCCGUUGCAUCACAUUAACUGUGUGGUCUAGAGAGAACUGUCUUUACUUUUUUUUAAAAAAAAAAAGAAUCUGUAGAAAUAUAUACUGUAGCAUUCUUGAUCACUUAAAAAGACAUCUGGUUCUUCGGUCAGCUGCAGAUAUAAGGACAAACUAUUCCACUCUGAAACUCAGAAUUAGCCGAAAAGAGCCAUAUUUUCUACAAGAAAAACAGUAGAUUGCAUUAUCUGUAAGAUUUCAGUCUUUACAAAGCCAAAUACAAUGUGUUAAGCGUUCCUAGUACUUCAAAGAAACAAGUCUGUAAACUUAAUGUUAUAACUGUGUGUUAACAUAGUGUUCUCAAUUGUAUCAGUUUGGUAGUUGAAUUUAACAAGUAGAAAAACUAGAGGGACAGAUUAGGAACUGCUGUUCUAUGUAGAAAAUGCAUACACACCUAUAACUAUAUUCGUAAUACCCAUUAUUCGAGCUGUCCAAAUGCAAAGAAGUUGGAAGGGAGGGAAAGAAUCGGCUAUUUUUUUUUCCUGGCUAUUGCAAAGGAUCACCAUUAACGUUUUUCCUUAAAUCUGAUACUGAACAACACAAAGUAUUUUUUGCUUCGAUUGUGCUGUCUUAUCAUUCAUGACACAGAGCUGAUAUAUUUGUUAGAAAUAACAAGGGCUUUCAGUGUUUCACUAUGUGCAGAAAAAUACCUGUUACAUUCUGUAUUAUGUGGAUAGUCCUUUUAAGAGCAAGAAAUUCAAAAGCUCUCCAGAGCUGUCGUUAACUGUGAAAAAAAGUGAAAAAAUAUAUCUGUCAUUUAAGUUAUUGAUGUUCUGAUAUUGUUAUUCAUUACAAAAGGAGAGGCAGAGCAUUAUAUUACAUAGAAAAUAUAACAUGAACUUAAAUCAUAGGACUCCUGUAUAAGUGGAAAUAUUAAUUAAGAUGUAAACAAUGUUAUUUUACAGUUUUGGGAGCAGAUUAUAUUUUACAAUAAGUCUUUUUUUAAAAAAAAAACCUCACUCUUAAGUAUUUUUCUGUUAUGUAAUAUUUGAAGCAAACCCAGAUCAAGUAUUAUAGAAAGGCGAUGCCAUUGGGAAUUGCAUCUCCCUUCCCCCCCCCCCCCCAAUUGUACCAUUCACUUUGGUAUCUCUCACUUUUCAUUUAAUUUUCUGUGUAGGCUGAAAGACAGAUUUCUCUCCCCCGAACCUAUCAUUAAAUAAAUGAGAAAAAAAGUUUUACAAAGGACUCUGAGAACUGCUUUAUUUUUUUGCUUUUGCCAACAAAAGGAUGAAACUGCAUUGAUUAAGAACAUAUAUUUAGGGUUUUUUUUAAUAUUCUCCCACUUUGAGAUUUGCAUUAGUAGCAGUGACAUAAAUAGCAAGUGUUCAUGGUACCCCAUCUGAAGAAAAUAAAUCAUCUUCACUUUUGUUGUGCAAACAUACUCACAGAUCUCAAACUUAUCAGCAGCAUGUAUGACACUGCACUUGAAAAUCAGUGAAUUACAAGGGCAAAAACCGCACACGUUAACAUGUGGGUGUCAAAAUGUGGGAUUGGGCAUUUU